UCCUUUGCAAUUAAAACUUCAUCUUCAAAAUAUCCUUUGCUAUCGAACUUUGCCGGUAACGAAAUUUGCUCACAACGUCUUCUUGGUAAGAUCCACAAUGUCACAGCAUGUUGUUCUUUGUGUGUGAUGUGUCUAAUGGGAAUCACCAAGUCUAAUAGGACGAUCUAACAUACAGGCAUAUAACAGCUGUCAAAAUGCGUUUGCUGCAGACCGAGUCCUCUUAAUCAAACUCCAUCUGGAGCGUAGGGAUGCGAAAUAGUUAGCAUCUCACGAGGAUUCAGUUCAACCGAACACUCAUCGCUUUUGUUUGCGCAAGGCAGAAACAGAGUGCCAAGCAACUACACCUUGUUGCAUGUUGACAACUACAUAAGCGGUUCCAGAUAAUUAUAUCAAUGCGUAUACUGCCGUAUGGAUAACAUUCAGACGCACAUGGAAGCCGAUUGUGGGGAAUACUAUCGUAUAUGCAAUCAUCUUGCCAAUGGAGUUGUGGCUGAUCAUGAGCUGGAUGAUGUUCUAACGGUCAGCGUCAAUGAAAACGCCCCUUAUAGCUACGAAUCACCGCCGGGGUCGCUGUGUUUCUGCGGUUUCGCCAUUACUGUCUUAAAGGAUCUAGCGUCUGAAGUCGGUCUAAGGCUAUUCCUGAUACCUGAUCGAAACCGACCAGAAUUUAACACCUCUGAAAUCGGUGCGCCUGUCGACGUGGCACAAGGACGUGCCGAUAUUAGUGUUUGUCCGUUCACAUUCCCCCCGCUGCGUAUUUUGGAAUACGAUGUCAUCCCCCUGCAUUUUAUGCGUAAAUACCAUGUCGGGGUACACAAGUUUCAUAUUGUACAUAGUGAUGCGGUCUCGGUUUUGGAGGGUUUGGCCUACAGCUUUUCUCUGUCCACCUGGAUGGGAAUUGGGAUAAUAUCUAUGCUAUUCUAUGUUAUGCUUUCUGGGGAUAAAUUUCUGACUUACCGUACUAGGCGGAGUUCUUCAUUCUGCUACAAAAUAUUGGUGUCAUGCAGCGAAGCGCUGUAUGACCUUUUCUGUGUUGCCUUUAGUGGAGAUUUCCAUAUGACCGGGACUACUGUCCUAACAUAUCGCAUUCUGCAGCUGAUUUAUGUGCCAUGGACUAUGCUCAUGUUUGCCAUCAUAACAACAUCAUUAACCGCAACACUCAGCGUCAGUACAUUUACGUUUCCCUUCCGUAGAGCAGAAGAAAUGUUUCAUUCGGACUUCAAGUUGCUCGCUCGCGAACAGCCACCGGAUCAAUCCUCCGAAAGUAUCAUCGCGGAAACAUGGAGAGAUAAGACUGUUUUUAUACCAUACUCUCUCCCCGAUUCCACCUUAAUAAACGGUGCUAUCAACACGUCCCAGCAAACGGCAAUACUGUGCCCAUUUGAUGAAAUUCCAACUUGCACCAACAACGGCAUCGUUCCGGUGUUCUCAUGGGGCGUCUCGCGCUGGGUCUCAAUACUCCAGAGCAAGAAGGAUCAACCGUUCAUGGGAGGGAUGAAGCAGAAGAUGCUAAUGCUGCUGCAAACCGGAAUUCCAAAGCAUCUAAUGGAAAUUCACAAGAUUUUUACAUAUAAGAAUAAAGUCAAUGCGCAAUCGUUAAGCUUUGCGGGGGCUUCGGUACAUCUAAGGAGCGUGUUUGCCGAGCGUCCUCUGACGGUGCGAAAACUGGAAAAGACAUGGACAGGUUUUCUUUUUUUAAUCUCUCUAACUGUAAUAAUAUUUCUGUUUGAAGUUUGCCUAAAAUAUUACAUAUUUCAAGUAUACUCGCAUCAAAACUGACUUGCCAAUUAACACCUGCACCCUUGAUUUACCAUUGCUUAAUUAUCAUUUCCGUUAAUUUAUGGUAUGCAUAGAUACCUUAUAGUACUUUGUAUACAAAAGACUGUACUUAUUAAGUGCAAAAGCUUAAAAUUUCAAACUCAGUAUUAAAGAUCCGAAAGUUA